AUUGGCGGCACGCACUUGAAAGUAGCUCAGUUUGAUCUCCGAUUUGAAAACUAUUAUCCAGAUUUAAUGUGCGUAUAAUUCCUAAUAUGAAUCGCACUUUGUGUAUUUCGCUGCUGUGUUGGCAGAUUUUAUUUGCAACACAGUUAAGCGAAUCAGAUGCAGCGGCAUUUUCGGUGCGCCAAAACCGAUUUAACGAAGAUAUCGACGACCAGCAGACACCAGCGCCAGUGACCAAUUCACCAAUAACCACAAAGAAACCGGAACCAGCCACUAGCGCUUUGCUGAAAAAAUGUUCGCCGUGCGUCGGUGUUAAAUGUGUGCCAAAAAUCCAAUGCCCGGCGCAUGUUCGCAUGGAAAGCCAUGAAAAGCCACAGAUUUGCGAUCUGCCAGCUGGGAAAUUGGGCUACUGUUGCCAGACGGGCCAGAACCACACCGCUGCCGUUAGGGAGCGGGCAGUUAGCAGCUUUCCCGCCAUCCUCUCGCCCGCCAUUUUGGAUGAGGCCAGGCGCAAUUUCGAGCACCUGAUGCACGGAGUGGCACAGAUUCCCGUACGGCGAGGCUUCCCUGACUUUGCUCACGGCCUGGUCUUCCAUUCGACGGCCAACGAUGACCUGCAGAACUUUGCCAUCUCGAACAGUGCCAUCCAACAGGUGAUCACCACACAGCUAUUCGGGAAGAAGGAGCAAGUGCCCGUCGACGAUUUCAUUACCAACAAUGUGCCCGUCCAGUUCACGGAGACGCCGUUGGCCCAGCACUGCCAACCACCGCGCAUUUGCCGGCAAGUGCGUUCGCGUUAUCGCAGUUUGGAUGGCACCUGCAACAAUCCUCUGCCGCGGCGUUCUCUGUGGGGCGCCGCUGGCCAGCCGAUGGAACGCCUGCUGCCCCCAGCCUACGAGGACGGAAUCUGGACGCCGCGUAUUCACUCUCGGUCCGAUGGCAGUCCACUGUUGGGAGCUCGUCAUAUAUCCCGUACUCUGCUCGCAGAUGUCGAUCGUCCACAUCCAAGGUAUAAUCUCCUGGUGAUGCAGUUCGGUCAGGUUUUGGCUCAUGACGUUACCCAAUCUUCCUCGGUGCGACUCGAGGACGGGAGUCUGGUGCAGUGUUGCUCACCGCAGGGAAAAGCCCCUCUUAGUCCACAAGAAAGUCACUUUGCCUGCAUGCCGAUCAUGGUAGAGCCGGAUGAUGAGUUUUUCUCUGCCUUUGGAGUACGCUGCUUGAACUUUGUACGAUUGUCAUUGGUACCCAGUCCCGACUGCCAACUUGGCUAUGGCAAGCAACUGAGCAAGGUGACGCACUUUGUGGACGCCUCGCCGGUUUAUGGAUCAAGUGAGGAGGCCUCCCGCGGCCUGAGAUCCUUCCGAGGCGGCCGUCUGCGAAUGCUAAAUGAUUUUGGAAGGGAACUGCUGCCGUUGACCAACGAUAAGACCGCCUGUCCCAGCGAGGAAGCCGGGAAGUCUUGCUUCAACUCGGGCGAUGGAAGGACCAAUCAAAUUAUUUCGUUGAUCACACUUCAGAUCCUGCUAGCUCGGGAGCACAAUCGUGUAGCGGACGCUUUGAACCAGCUAAAUCCUUCGGCUAGCGAUGAGUGGCUCUUCCAGGAGGCUCGACGCAUCGUCAUUGCCGAGAUGCAGCACAUCACGUACAGCGAGUUCUUGCCCAUAAUUAUUGGGCCGCAGCAGAUGAAACGCUUCCGUUUAGUGCCAUUGGAUCAGGGCUAUUCCCGUGACUACAAUAUUGAAGUGAAUCCGGCGAUAACAAAUGAGUUCUCCGGCGCUGCCUAUCGCAUGGGUCACUCCAGUGUCGAUGGAAAGUUUCACAUUCGCCAGGAGCAGGGUCACAUCGAUGAAGUAGUUAAUAUACCGGAUGUAAUGUUCAAUCCUUCCCGAAUGCGCAAACGCGAGUUCUACGAUGACAUGCUGCGGACCCUCUAUAGCCAGCCGAUGCAACAGGUCGACAGCUCCAUUAGCCAGGGUCUUAGUCGCUUUUUAUUCCGAGGUGAUAAUCCCUUUGGCUUGGACUUGGCAGCCAUUAAUAUUCAGCGAGGACGCGACCAAGGUUUGCGCAGCUACAACGAUUACCUAGAGUUGAUGGGCUCAGCCAAGCUGCAUAGCUUUCAGCAGUUUCCCAGUGAGAUUGGUCAAAAGCUGGCUAGCGUUUACCGUACACCCGAUGACAUUGAUUUGUGGGUGGGUGGGCUCCUGGAAAAGGCCGUCGAUGGCGGCGUUGUGGGCGUUACAUUUGCCGAAAUCAUUGGCGACCAGUUUGCGCGGUUUAAGCAAGGUGAUCGCUAUUUUUACGAAUACGAUGAUACGAUUAAUCCAGGAGCCUUCAGACCAGCUCAGUUGCAGGAGGUGCGUAAGGUGACGCUGGCCCGUCUGAUUUGCGACAAUUCCGACCGCCUUACACUGCACGAGGUGCCACUGGCCGCCUUCGUACGCGCCGACCAUCCUGGCAAUCAAAUUAUAGGCUGUGAUGAUCCCAACUUGCCGGCUAUUAACUUAAAUGCCUGGCGCACUUAGGUUAAUUCUUUUAAAUUCAUUUUUAAUUUAUUUAUCGAGUUUUUAAACUGUAUUUAUAUGCCGCCGAAUUGUAUAUCCCCGUUUUAUGUAACUGCUGCUGCUGCGGCUUAACAAAGAAACCAAAAUAAAAGCAGCUUGGAAUUGGAUCCAACACA